AUGGAUGAAGUUAUUGAUGACCUAAUUAGCCUUGAAUCCAGCUUCAAUGAUGCAGGCUUGGAUUGCAUAGAGCCUAACAUCAUAAUGCAAAACAAUGUCUCCCUCAGCAGCAGCAUGCUGGACGUCUAUGGGGGUGAACAAGGUAUGAACCCCCCUAAUGAUGGAAUCAAUCCCACAUCUAACCCCACAAAGCUCACUGUUAAAAGGGAAUACACAGAGCACGACACCAGGGUGAUGGCCAAAGAGAGGCAGAAAAAAGACAAUCACAAUUUAAUUGAAAGGCGGCGGCGAUACAACAUUAACUACAGGAUUAAGGAACUGGGGACGCUUAUACCAAAGUCAAACGAUCCUGACAUGCGGUGGAACAAAGGCACCAUUCUGAAGGCCUCAGUGGAGUACAUCAGGUGGCUGCAGAAGGAGCAACAACACGCUCGGGAGCUGGAAAGCCGUCAGAAGAAGCUGGAGCAAGCUAACAGGAGGCUUCUGCUAAGGAUCCAGGAACUUGAGAUCCAGGCCCGAGCACAUGGACUGCCAAAUAUGGCCAACACUCUGGGGACAGUGGAACUUUCCUCUCACCUCCUCAAACAACAACAGCAGCAGCAACAAUCUCCACCCCAGGUGCAGCAACCACAGCAGCUCCCUCUCUAUCAGGACGACCCCAACAGGGCAGAUGCCGGAACCACAUUCUCUGACCCGCUCUCCCAUUUCACAGACUUCUUCACCUCCACGCUCAAGGAAGAGAACCAGCUGAACGAGAUCCUGAUGGAUGACCCGCUCUCACCAUUUGGCACCGACCCGCUCCUCUCAGCCAGUUCCCCGGGAGCCGUAUCCAAGGACAGCAGCCGCAGGAACAGUUUCAGCUCGGCUGAGGGCGAUGACCUAUAA